AUGAUAGGAUACUAUUAUGAGUUUUUGUGCCUUCAGGGCGUUGUAUGGAGGCGAAAGUCCAGGUCCAACAUAUCGGACCGUUUUCAGCCGCUCACUUUAGAACAAAAACUGUGCGUAGCACAGAGAGAAGUAAGAGAAACGCAACAGGACCGGGAGAAACUCAAACUGAAAUCUGAAAAAAACAAGGACAACUACAAGGCCUCUACGAAGGAAGCAGAAUUACGUCUGGCUGAUAUCAGGAAGGCCAAGAAGGAUUUUGAGCGUCGACUGGUCAAACCUACGCUAGAAAUGAAAGAGCCAGAGAAGGUGCUCCAGUACAUUGAAGACAAGUUAAAGGUCACCCAGCUGGAGACCUUAAAUGUAAAGAAUCAGGCACUAAAGCUCCACGAGAAGAAGCUCCUGCAACAGCUGCAGCAGAAAAAAGAGAUGGGGAAAGCUGAGUAUGAGGUAGAGAAUGAAAGCAAAUGUGUUGCUGUCAAGAGACUGUGUAUGUUGUAG